UCGGCUUUAAAGAGCAAUGGAUCCCGCGGAUCUUGUGGAAGUUGAUUUACAAUUCGAUAAAAACAAAAGAUGUUUAGAUCGGUGGAUGGAAAAAUUACCUGAAGAAGCACAUUCAUUACCAUUACAUUGUCUGGCUAUACCUGGUUCACAUGAUUCUCUCAGUUCAUCUUUAACUCCACAUUCUGAUAUUUCCCCUGAUGAUCCUGGGCUGUACAAUUCCUUUUUUAUUCGAGCAACAAGCUGUUUGUCUAAACGCAUUAUCUACAACUGGUGUUGUACUCAAACACUGGAUUGCAAACAACAGUUAGAAGCUGGAAUUCGAUAUUUUGAUCUGAGAGUUGCGAAACGAGCUGAUGAUGGAGAACUUUACAUUGUACAUGGGCUAUAUGGAACAGAAACCAAAAAUAUCCUUGAAGCAAUGUACGAGUUUCUUACUACUCAUUCAAAAGAAGUUAUUUUACUGGAUUUUCAGCAUUUAUACGAGAUGAACCAUUUUGAUCACCACAAGUUACUGCACCAACUUACAGAAACGUUUGGAGCAAUGCUGUGCCCCUAUGUUGCAGAUCUGACGGAAUUCACGCUAUCCUGGCUUUGGGAACGAGGUUUCCAAGUUGUUGUUUUCUAUAGGGAUACAGUUGCACAGUACCAUCCAUUCUUGUGGCCUGGAGAAUCAAUUCCAAAUCCUUGGCCAAACACGAGGAGCAUCAAGAAUUUACUUGCUUUCUUGACAAUAGACAGGAGAAGAGAAGCUGGAAAAUUCUUUGUUUCACAGGCCAUUCUUACACCCAAUCUUUUCUUGAUCUUGAGAAAUCUUCUUGGGAAUUUGAGAAGUGUACUAGUUUCUGAUUGCAAUAAACAGUUACUGAAAUGGCUGGAGGAUAAACAUCCUGGACCACAUGGAUUAAAUAUUGUAAUAUGCGAUUUCAUCGAUUAUGAUGAUUGUGCCAUUCCACAAAGCAUUGUCAAUUUGAAUUACAAAUCACCUGUUUUGUCAAGUCAUAUGAGAAGGGGCUAUGAAGUUGUAUAACUUUGUCAUUUAUAAUUUCAUAUGUGUGCUUGCAUUUUUUUAGCCAUUGCCGUACAUCUUUAGUAUUUAAUAACUCUACAUGAGUGUUGCUAGGUCUUGUUGUGCAGUUAUGUGAUAGAAAGCAUUUGGUGUUUUGUUUGGGGGACCAUAUUUGUGAUAUAAAUUAUUUAUAUGUGUUAUGUUUUUGUUUCAAGUUAAGUAUUCUAUUAUACAAUAUUUUUGUCAAAUAUUUUAAGAAAUUAUAUCUCUUAAACUAGCAAAAAUCUCAUGAUCAUAAUCAGGAGUAAAAUUUUUUUAAUUUAGCUCGAAAAGCGAUUAAAGGAAUUCUAUAUAGAAAUGGACAUUUUUAAUAAACAGUGGAACACUGUAAUAUCCUACCUGUAAUUUAUAUUUAAAAUUUUUUUAAUCAUAGCUGUUUGAAGAAGUUCAUAUAAAUCGUAAGAAAUGACCUCGUUUCACCCUCUACUUUCUGAAAAGUUAACAUUUAACACAGAGCAAAAGGGAAAUGGACUUAAAUAAGCUUGAUGUAUUGUUAAAUUCUACCUAUAUAGGUUUUCUGCUCUGUACUAAUUCCAGAUUUUCCAGUGAGUACUAAAAAGGCAUUGACUGGUUUGAGAAACAAAUGAAGCUAAUUGUAUACACUUAAAAAGAAAAAAGUUAACUGUUAAAUCAUACAAAUGAUUCAGAAAAAAAUAUGAAGUUUUUUAUCAUCAAAGGCAAACUUUCUGAAAAAAACUGGGAACAUUUCAGAAUUCUGGAAGAUUGCAAAACUAUACUACAUUGCUAGAUGUAAUUUAUUAUCAACACCUUUUUGAAUAUCUGUUUACACUGGUUUAGCAGUAAAUUUUUUUAAACUAUAUACACUUUUAAAUGAGCAAAAUAUUUUCCAUCUUUUAUGCCUUGUUCAAAAAGUAUGUACAGUAAGACCCCGCUUAACGCGGGGGAUACGUUCCAUCAAAGUAGAGCGUAAUGCAAAACAGGCUAUCUUUACAUGUAAAUAUUGGGGUUAGGGGAAGAUGGCUAGGAGGUAUUAAAU